CAAAUUCGAUUCCAUCCCUUCUUUUCGUUUUGGAUUUUGAUUCAUUCAUUCAUCAAAGCUUCGGCUGAACCGUCUUCGAUCAUGUUGUCGUCCUCCAUCUCUAGAGCUGCUUCUCGUUCGCUGACUGGCCGAACGAACUUGACUUCGGUUCGAGGAUUUGCCAAACAAAUCAAAUUUGGCGUCGAAGGUCGCGCUGCCAUGCUUCGUGGCGUGGACACGUUGGCGGAUGCCGUCCAGGUGACGCUUGGCCCCAAGGGUCGUAACGCCAUUAUUGCUCAGCCUUACGGCCCUCCCAAGAUCACCAAAGAUGGUGUCACGGUCGCGAAAUCCAUUGAUUUUGAAGACAAGUUUGAAGAUAUGGGUGCGCAGUUGAUCAAGUCGGUUGCUUCCAAGACGAACGAUAUCGCUGGAGACGGCACGACUACGGCUACAGUCCUCGCCCGGGCGAUCUAUUCCGAGGGCUGCAAGGCUGUGGCGGCUGGACUCAACCCGUUGGAUCUUCGACGAGGAAUCCAACUUGCCGUGAACUCGGUAGUAAAGACGUUGGGAGAAAUUAGUCGCCCUAUCUCGUCCAAGGCGGAAGUCUCACAGGUCGGAACGAUCUCGGCAAACGCGGACCGUGAAAUCGGUGAUUUGAUUGCCGAUGCCAUGGAACGUGUUGGUAAAGAAGGCGUCAUUACUGUUCAAGACGGAAAGACUUUGGAGAACGUACUGGAUGUGGUCGAGGGUAUGAAGUUCGAACGAGGAUUCAUAAGUCCUUACUUUAUUACGGACGCGAAAACUCAGACGUGCGAGCUUGAAAAUCCAAUGAUCCUGCUCGUAGAAAAGAAAGUCAGUAAUCUUCAACAGCUUGUGCCCCUUUUGGAAUCUGUGAUUAAGAGCCAAAGCUCCUUGUUGAUUGUUGCCGAAGAUGUUGAAAGUGAGGCCCUUGCCACUUUGGUGGUAAACAAGCUUCGUGCCGGCAUUAAGGUGUGUGCCGUAAAGGCUCCUGGAUUUGGCGACAACCGCAAGGCCACGAUGCAGGAUCUGGCCAUUUUGACCGGAGGAACCGUUAUUUCGGAAGAAAUGGGUAUGAAGUUGGAAGAAACGCAGCCGCACCACUUGGGACGAUGCAAAAAGGUGACCGUCACCAAGAACGAGACUGUUGUGUUGGAUGGAGCUGGCGAGCAAGCUUCAAUCCAGGAACGAUGCGAGUUGAUCCGUAACGGAAUUGAUACUACCAAGUCGGACUACGAACGUGAAAAGCUGCAAGAACGUCUCGCGAAGUUGUCAGGAGGAGUCGCCGUGAUUCAGGUCGGAGGUGCUUCGGAAGUCGAAGUUCAGGAAAAGAAAGACCGUGUCGUUGACGCCUUGAACGCAACUCGGGCUGCUGUCGAAGAAGGUAUUGUACCGGGAGGUGGGAAAGCCUUGCUUUACUGCUCAACGAAAUUGGACGAAGUUGCUGAAAAAGAAGCGAUCAACAUGGACCAAAAGAUUGGUGUUGAAAUCAUCAAGCGAGCCCUCAAGGCCCCGCUCGCUACUAUCGUUUCCAACGCCGGAGAAGAAGGUGCCGUCGUCUGCGGCGAACUUAUUAAGCCUGAUGUUGCAGUGACAUGGGGAUUUGAUGCUUCCAUAGGGGAGUACCGUGAUUUAGUCGAAGCCGGUAUCAUUGAUCCAACUAAGGUGACCCGUACUGGCAUCGUUGAUGCUGCAUCCGUUGCUGGCUUGCUCACAACAUCGGAAUCCAUGAUUGCGGACAAGCCGGAUGAUGGCCCAUCCAUGCCUCCGGGCGGCGGUAUGGGAGGAAUGGGCGGCAUGGGUGGCAUGGGCGGCAUGAUGUAGACGAGUUUUCUUUGAAGCGAUCGACGAGAUUUUUCUCGCUCUAGAGUUUUUCGAAAUGUUUAGGAUAGACCCCAGAAUUAUUGUAGUUACCGGUUGAGAUUUU